UCUCCAUUCUUGUUGUCGUCGGCGACUCAACAGAUCAAGUAUGUCAAAACUUUGAUGAAGAUAUUCAUUACAACCCAAAAAAAAAAAAAAAAAAAGAAUUUUCUGUAAGUUUUUGAGUCAUUUUGAAAUAUUGUAGUGGUAAAAAAUAAUGAUACAAAUGUUAAAACAUGUGCAUUGUAAAAUAUAGUACUUAUAUGAGACUGUUUGCUUAUUUAUUUAUUUUUCGUUUUGCAUUAUGGUUUUCAAGACCAACGAGUUUUUUCUUUUGGCCUGAGGAUCAACGAGUUUAAAAUCCAUGAUUUAGUGGCUGGGCGUCAGAGGGGGGAAAAUGCAUAUGAUGUAGCAAACGAUUAAGGCUUUAUCGUGCCAAACAAAAUUAUGCACUAACUAACAAGUUCCAAUGCUUCGAACAAGAUAUAUAACUUCUUACAUUCAGGAAACGUUGAUCACUCAACUAGGAUUCGUGACGUACCCUUCAAAUUCACGGGCUUUUAUAGCUUCUAUGUGUAAUGUUCAUCUUCAAGAAGCUUUGCUACAAAUGGCCCUUAUGGGCCCCCAAAUCAAGUUCAAAGGUUACAAUUCCAUCUUGAAUGAGUGUGUGAACCAAAGGGCCACUAGAGAAGGGCAGAGAGUGCAUGCCCACAUGAUCAAAACUGAUUAUUUGCCAUCUGUAUACCUUAGAACAAGGUUGAUCGUUUUCUAUACUAAGUGUGACUCAUUGGAUGAUGCACGGCGAGUGCUCAAUGAAAUGCCUGAAAGAAAUGUGGUGUCAUGGACAGCGAUGAUCUCUGCUUAUUCUCAAAAGGGUUAUGCUUCUGAGGCUCUUACCCUCUUUCUACACAUGUUAAGAUCAGGAACAAAACCUAAUGAAUUCACUUUUGCGACUGUACUUACUUCAUGCACAGGUUCUCCUGGAUUUGUCUUCGGAAGACAAAUCCACUCACUUAUCAUUAAAUCAGAUUAUGAAUCUCAUAUCUUUGUUGGAAGCUCACUUCUCGACAUGUAUGCCAAAGUUGGAAAAAUUCAUGAAGCUCAUGAUGUGUUCAAAUGCAUGCCAGAAAGGGAUGUAGUUUCUUGUACUGCUAUAAUCUCUGGUUAUGCUCAACUGGGUUUUGAUGAUGAAGAGGCAUUGGGGCUAUUUCGCCAGCUUCAAAAGGAAGGAAUGCAAUCAAAUUAUGUUACUUAUGCUAGUGUUUUAACUGCACUUUCUGGGCUUGCUGCUCUAGAUCAUGGCAAACAAGUUCAUAAUCAUGUUCUUCGCUGUGAAAUCCCCUCAUCUGUUGUCCUUCAAAACUCUUUGAUUGACAUGUACUCAAAAUGUGGAAACCUCAUUUAUUCAAGGAGGAUCUUCGAUACCAUGCCAGUGAGAACUGUUAUAUCCUGGAAUGCAAUGCUAGUGGGGUAUAGUAAACAUGGAAUGGGCAGAGAAGUGCUUGAUCUUUUCACUUUAAUGAGGGAAGAAAAUAAAGUCAACCCUGAUAGUGUCACAAUUUUGGCUGUGUUAUCUGGUUGCAGCCAUGGAGGACUGGAAGAUAGGGGGCUGGAUAUCUUCAAUGAUAUGGCCAAUGGUAAACUUGGAGUUGAACCAGAGAUUGAGCAUUAUGGUUGUGUUGUUGACUUGCUUGGUCGAUCUGGUCAAGUGGAAGAGGCUUUUAAAUUUAUCAAUGAAAUGCCUUUUGAGCCAACACCAGCUAUAUGGGGUUCCCUUUUAGGUGCCUGUAGGGUUCAUUCAAAUGUUGACAUAGGUGAAUUUGUGGGCCAUCGACUUCUAGAAGUUGAACCUGGAAAUGCUGGGAAUUAUGUUAUUCUUUCUAAUUUAUAUGCUUCAGUAGGAAGAUGGGAAGAUGUAAAAUCACUGAGAGAUCUGAUGUUGAAGAAGGCUGUAAUAAAGGAGCCUGGAAAAAGCUGGAUUGAGCUUGAUCAAAUACUCCACACUUUCCAUGCGAGUGAUCGUUGCCAUCCUAGAAGAGAGGAGAUAUUUGCAAAGGUGAAGGAGUUAUCAAUCAAGUUCAAAGAAGUUGGUUAUGUUCCUGAUUUAAGUUGUGUGCUGUAUGAUGUGGAUGAUGAGCAGAAGGAGAAGAUACUUCAAGGCCACAGUGAAAAAUUGGCUCUGACUUUUGGCUUAAUUGCCACCCCAAAAGGAGUGCCAAUCCGCAUUAUAAAAAACCUCCGGAUUUGUGUUGAUUGCCACAAUUUUGCUAAAUUGAUCUCAAAGGUUUAUGGAAGAGAAGUGUCUUUAAGGGAUAAAAAUCGUUUUCACCGAAUCAUUGGAGGGAGAUGUACUUGUGGAGACUAUUGGUAAGAAGAUCUUGGACUGUCAUAAUUGUCAUGGGCAAUCUGCCAGAAGGGAAGUAUUAGUGGUGGGUGCUAAAAAUGAUGAGU